AUGUGUUGUAACUACUACGGCAGCUCCUGUGGCUCUGGCUCUGGCUACGGCUGUGGAUAUGGCUCUGGCUAUGGCUGUGGAUACGGCUCUGGCUAUGGCUGUGGAUAUGGCUCUGGCUAUGGCUGUGGAUACGGCUCUGGCUAUGGAAGUGGCUGUGGAUAUGGCUCUGGCUAUGGAAGUGGCUGUGGAUAUGGCUCUGGCUAUGACUGUGGAUAUGGCUCUGGUUAUGGCUGUGGCUAUGGCUCUGGCUAUGGCUGUGGCUCUGGCUCUGGCUAUGGCUGUGGAUAUGGCUCUGGCUAUGGCUGUGGAUAUGGCUCUGGCUAUGGAAGUGGCUGUGGAUAUGGCUCCUACUACAGGUCCGGCUGUUGUGGCUCUGGACCAUCUUGCUACAGAAGAUGCUAUUCUUGCUGCUAG